CUGUUAAAAAGUACAAGCCAAAAAUGUAUGUACUAAAAGACAAAUCGAAGUCGAAGCUGUUUAGACUUUGUUUUUAGGGUUAACUACAUUUACAUUAUUUCGUUGUUGACUUUUAAUGUUAUUAAAACUAUUUAAUACGCAUUUAGAUUGUAUGAGACAUUCAUGUUAUCGUAUACUUGCUUUAUUAAUAACUAGCUGUUGUGAAUAACUGAAUUGUUUUGAUCAAGUGGAAAAUAUUAUUUUCUAAAACUGCUUUUGUAUGUCGUCAUUACUUUAAAGUCAAUAGUAUUAAUGGUGAUAAUUGCUACUACUGUGUACUACAAAUAAUCAUUAUAAUAAUUAUUUAUUUCUCGUUAUCUCUUGUACUUGUGAGACGCUUUGACCCUUCUAUCAGUACAUCACUGUCGCUUUCGUAAGUCGGACAAUAAAAUGGUUAAAACAUUUUAGUUGUUGCACAUUGCUAACAAUUAAAAAUGUAUAGAUUAAUUAAACGUGGUUUAGUUCCUAGAAAUGCUUUUGACUGUCUUCAAAAAGACUUUCAGGGCGGGAAAUUGUGGAAGAGCGGUGUACGUUGUAUAACUCAGAGUACGAAAUCGGAUAGUUUGUUCCCUGAACGUGUAGACUUCCCUAGCAGACACAUCGGACCUCGAGAUCAAGAUGUAGUGACUAUGUUAGAUUUGCUCGGUUAUAAGAGCUUAGAUCAAUUAACCGAUGAUGCGGUGCCUAAGAAAAUUCAACUACAAGGUCUCAUGAACAUUAGUGAACCUAUGAGUGAAUACGAUCUCAUUGAAACAGUACGUAAAAUAUCAGAGAAGAAUCAAAUAUGGAGAUCCUACAUUGGUAUGGGAUACCACAAUUGUUGUGUCCCGCAUAGCAUUAUGCGCAACUUAUUCGAAAACCCAGGAUGGACGACACAAUACACGCCGUAUCAACCCGAAAUAGCGCAAGGAAGAUUGGAAAGUCUUCUUAAUUAUCAGACUAUGGUUAGUGAUCUCACUGGUUUGGAUGUAGCUAACGCAUCAUUGCUGGAUGAAGGCACAGCUGCUGCUGAAGCGCUAUCGCUGUGCCAUAGACUCAAUAAACGAAUGAAAUUUGUAGUAUCAGAAAGACUGCAUCCUCAAACUUUAGCUGUUGUGCUAACGCGUUUAGAUGCACUAGGAUUAGAAGUAAAUGUGGUGCCUGAUGUUAGACAAGUGGACUUCGCACAGAGAGAUAUAUCAGCAGUACUAUUGCAAUGUCCUGACACUAGGGGCUUGGUGUACGAUUACUCUGGACUGGCAUCUGCUGCACAUGAACAUGGCACACUAGUAGUGGUUGCUACAGACUUACUGGCCCUCGCUCUUCUGCGCCCACCUGCAGAAUGUGGAGCAGCCCUCGCUGUCGGUACUUCCCAACGUUUAGGCGUACCUCUAGGCUAUGGAGGUCCACACGCUGGUUUCUUCGCAGCUGAACAUCAGUUGGUGCGUCUGAUGCCUGGUCGUAUGGUUGGUGUUACUAGAGAUGCGACGGGAAGAGAUGCUUACAGGUUAGCGCUUCAAACAAGAGAGCAACACAUACGAAGAGAUAAAGCUACGUCAAACAUUUGCACAGCACAAGCGCUCUUGGCUAAUAUGUCCGCCAUGUAUGCAGUCUACCAUGGCCCACAAGGUUUGAGGGACAUUGCAACUAGGGUUCACAACGCUACACUUGUGCUGGAUCAUGGAAUCAGACAACGUGGUCACAAACAAUCAAACGAUGUAUAUUUCGACACCCUUCAUGUUGUACCUCUUUCGGACCAUGACGCUACUGCUAUCAAAGCUCGGGCACAGGAAAAGAAGAUUAACUUGAGAUACUUCGAUGAUGGUGCCGUAGGAGUAGCCCUCGACGAGACCGCUACCAUGGAGGAUGUUAAUGACUUAUUAUGGAUCUUCGAUUGUAAGCCUGUUGAAGAGGUUACAAAAAGUGACGAUGUAAGAUCUCGCAGCAUACAGCAAGGUCCAUUCAGAAGAACAUCUCCAUACCUCACGCAUCCUGUAUUCAACAUGCAUCACUCCGAAACCAGAAUAGUGCGAUACAUGAAGCGCCUGGAGAACAAAGAUGUGUCACUUGUACAUUCAAUGAUACCAUUGGGAUCUUGUACUAUGAAGUUGAACUCUACGACAGAAAUGAUGCCUUGUUCCUUCAAGCACUUUACUGACAUCCAUCCGUUUGCUCCACUGGAUCAGUGUCAGGGAUACCAUCAGUUGUUUGAAGAACUAGCAAAUGACUUGUGUGCGAUUACUGGUUACGAUCGUGUCUCUUUCCAACCUAACAGUGGUGCUCAAGGUGAAUACGCUGGGUUACGUACAAUAAAGCGGUACCAUGAGUUCCGUGGGGAUACAAAGCGUAACAUUUGUCUGAUCCCAGUGAGUGCACACGGCACUAAUCCUGCAUCUGCACACAUGGCUGGUAUGCGUGUCUGUGCUAUACGCGUGACACCUUCUGGUGAUAUAGACAUGGCACAUCUUAAAGAUAUGGUAGAGGAACAUAGCAAAAAUAUAUCCUGUUUGAUGUUGACGUACCCGAGUACAUUCGGCGUGUUCGAGGAGCAAGCUGCAGAUGUAUGUGAGUUAGUGCACAAACAUGGUGGACAAGUGUACUUGGACGGUGCCAAUAUGAACGCUCAGGUGGGACUUUGCCGACCUGGAGAUUACGGCAGCGAUGUUUCACAUUUGAAUUUACACAAAACCUUCUGCAUCCCCCAUGGAGGAGGUGGUCCUGGAAUGGGACCCAUUGGAGUGAAAGCUCACCUGGCGCCCUUCUUACCGUCACAUCCCGUAGUCGACCCAUUAGCCGAUUUGGGUGACGCAGCUCAUAGUUUCGGUUCAGUCAGUGCUGCACCAUUUGGAUCAUCAGCUAUAUUGCCUAUCUCUUGGGCAUACAUCAAAAUGAUGGGUCCCAAAGGAUUGAGACGUGCGACUCAAGUGGCGAUUCUCAACGCAAAUUACAUGGCUAAGAGACUGGAAGGUCAUUACAAAACUUUGUACAGAGGCGAAAGAGGACUAGUUGCUCAUGAAUUUAUAAUAGAUGUAAGAGAUUUAAAGAAGACUGCUAAUAUAGAACCAGGGGAUAUUGCCAAACGACUUAUGGACUUCGGUUUCCAUGCUCCCACGAUGUCAUGGCCAGUGGCCGGUACUUUAAUGAUAGAACCCACGGAGUCAGAAGAUCUUCAAGAGAUGGAUCGCUUCUGUGAAGCUCUUAUCGCCAUCAGAAAGGAAAUCAAGGAUAUUGAAGAUGGAACUAUGGACAAGAGACUUAACCCUCUGAAGAUGGCACCACAUACACAGGCUGAAGUUAUCACAGAGGAUUGGAACCGUCCUUACAGUCGGGAACAAGCUGCUUUUCCUGCGCCUUUUGUUAAAGGGGAGACGAAAAUUUGGCCAACAGUCGGUCGCAUCGAUGACAUGUACGGAGACAAACAUCUUGUUUGCACCUGUCCACCGGUUCUUGAUGAUUUCUGAGUUAAAACGCUUAGAUCAUGAGAUGACAUAAUAAACAUCUCAUAUACUUUGUAUUAUUAAUGUAUAAUAUAGGAAUGUAACAACGAAUAAUAAACAAAUUGACCAUC